GUCGUUGCCUUCUCAUCCACCGCGAUCGCCCUUUAUGGCUACGAUCAGGGCAUGAUGUCCCUCAUAAAUACUAACAAGAAUUACCUCGCAAGCAUGGGCCUGGACGAGGAAAGCGUACAAGUCGGCUUAAUCGUAGCAGUGUACUAUCUUGCAACAUCGGUUGGCGCUCCAUUCUUCUCUUGGUUUGCUGACCGAUAUGGACGCAAACCUGGACUGUUGUUCUGCCUCGCCACAGCGUCUCUCGGCAAUCUGAUCAUGUUCCUAGCUGGACUCGGAUACAGCCAAGGCGCCCUCAUCGUGAUGUAUCUCGGACGUCUCGUGAUGGGACUCGGAAUUGGCGGUGUUGACAGCGUGGUACCUGUGUAUUCUGCAGAACUGAGCUCAGAUGACGCCAGAGGAAAGGCUCUCGCGCAGGAAUUCCAGGCCAACAUCUUUGGAUUGAACAUGGCUUUCGCCAUAAAUCUGGCUCUCACCGUUACCCUCGGGAAAUGGAAUGAGUGGGCGUGGAGAGUCCCUAUCAUCGCCAUGCAGGUCUAUCCACUUUCACUCUUUUUCUUCAUCUCAUCUCUUCCAGAGAGUCCACGAUGGCUAGUGUUCCACGACAGGACCGAGCAGGCAACAGAGUCGCUGAGGGAGAUCAUCGGCGUGGAAGAGGCCAAAUCGAAAUGCGAUGAACUGGUGCAAGCAUCAAAAGACGAAAGCGACCAGAAGAUCGGCUACAAGGAUAUGUUCACACCAAGUCACACGCAAUUUCAUCCCACUAUCAUCGUCAUCAUGGGUCAAGUCAAUCAGGCACUUACUGGCUAUGGUGCUGUGUCUGUCUAUGGACCUCAGAUAUUCGAACAACUGGGCUAUGGUGUCAGGCUCUCGGAAUAUCUGACCCAGGCAAACUUCGUCUCGUACUUCAUUCUAAUGACAUUUGCAUGGUUACUGAUAGACGCGCUUGGACGACGAACAGUGCUUCUGUAUGGAUCUGGCGUCCUAACUAUUUGCUUCCUUCUACUGGCCGUAUUUGGUGGCCUGUCUUUCCAUCACGAAGACUUUCACAUUCAUGUCAACGCAGUAGCAAUUCCCGGUAUCGCGGCUCUCUUCAUUGCUACAGGAGCUUUCGGUAUCGGAUGGCUAGUCCCACCAUGGCUUAUUCCUACCGAAAUCUACCCAACCCCGGCAAGAGCCCAAGGAACUGCAGUGUCCGUCAUUAUCUGGGGCUUGGCCAAUUUCGUAAUCACACUCAUUACACCGAUCUUGUUCAACAACCUCAAGUUCUGGAUCUAUCUGGUAUUCGCUGCAACGAAUCUGGUCGCAGGAGCAACGACGUUCCUGUACUGCCCAGAGACCGGGGGUCGAACCUUUGAGGAGAAUCAAGAAUUUUUCGAGACUGCCAAAGAAUCAGGCACAUGGCGAGUGUCCAAGGUCGAUGACGGCGAGUACAAAUGGUUUCCGUACCCUAAGCCAGACGCCAAAGAUGGUGAAAGUCAGCCUCUACUGCGCCGGGUGCAGGAUCAGCUGGAGAGUUGAGAACCUUUCCGUUAAUACAGCGAUGCCACGAGAGACGGCCGAAACAAUGCUUCUAAGCUGCUAGAAUUUUGCGGGGGCCUUGAGAGUUCACAGCAUUGAGCGGAAGUCAUGACUCCAAUACUUUCAUGCUGAUUGGGAGAGUCACCAGAUCAAAAGUCGAUAUAUAUAUUGAUCUUUGCAAUUCACAUCACCAACUUUUUUCACC